AUGCCGAAGAAGGUCAAGAAGUUCAUCGACAAGAAGAAUGCGGUCACGUACGCGCUCAUGGCGCGGCCCGGCGACGAGGACGAGAUGGAGCCGCCGCCGAGCUCCAAGGACAGCAUGCUCUCCGGUGUGAGCGCGAGGACGACCCGCUCGACCAAGUCCGACGGCGCGCAGGUGUGGAUGCGCAAGGACAACAAUCACCACGCCCGGGACGUCAUGGCGGAGGCGGUCGACGACGGCUCCGUGUUCAACGACGCCAUGACCGAGACCAUGUCGCAGAUGAGCGGCAUGAGCCAGUGGUCCAACGUGACGUGGGUGAUGGGACCGAACGGGCCGGUCCCGCGGCGCGAGCGCCUGAGCCGCGAGAAACGCAGGGAGCUCCGCGAGCUCGGAUUCGACCCGAACGAGGGGUACGACUACACCCGGCAUCUCCGGCAGGUGGGCGAGGGCGGCGGCACCAUGUUCGUGCCCACCAGGAAAGAUCACGUCAAGGGAAUCCGCGAACGAGACGGCGAGGUGGCCGAGCACAAGCUCACCGCCGGCGGAUCCGGCAAGAAAGGCACCGACUCCGAGCUCGUCUACCUCAAGGAGGACGUCGAGAGGGACGGCGACGCCGCGCGAGCCAUCAACGACGAACGAUCCGACACCGCGCAGGCGCGAGCCGCGUCCGAGGAGGAUGAGCGAUGGACGCACGAGAGGGUCAAGGCGGUGACUCGAGAGAAGGUGUACGUCGCGAAGGACACAUCCGCGGCGAACGCGGUGGUGGCUCGCGCGGUUCGGGCCCGGCCCAAGGGCGGGGCGUCCGCGAAGGAGCUCGACGACAUGAUCGACACCAUGGAGGCGGCCGAGCUCGCCGCGGACGAGGAGCUUCCAAACCUCGACGACGAGUUUGGCGACGGGGGCUUGGGCGACCUCCAGGACGACUUCAUCCUUCGCGCCAUGCUCGGGGACGGAGAGGCGGUGGCGGACGCGCACGACGAGAGGCACUUCCCGCCCGUCGUGCUUCGGUACGACGAAACCGAGGUGGAGCGGCAGCUCGAGGCCAUCGAGGAGGAGCUGGAAGAGGAGGCGCUGGAAGAGGAGGAGGAGGAGCUCGCGGCCAACGGCGGAUUUUUCGGCUACGGCAAACGGGGCCCCGGGUCCGACGCCGGGACGGACCGCGACGAGGACUUCGACGAGCAGGACUGGGACGCCGCGGACCAGGCGCUGGCGCAGAGGCGCAGGGACGGCCCGGGCGCUGCGCUGCGCGACCUCGAUACGCAGUUCGAGGCGCUGGCGAUGGGGUACGACUCGGACGAGAUCGGCGAGCUCGACGACGACGACCCGAGGAUCUUCGGCCACGCGGAGCUGGACAGGUUCGGUCACGUCAUGGAGGAGUUCCGUCGGGACCACGUGCACAGGGAGACGUACAAGACCGCCGCGGAUAUUCUCGAGGACGGGGCGGAUGUUCCGGAUAUUGACGAGGAGGAGGGCUCCGAUGAAGAGGGCUCCGACGACGGGGAGUACGGACGACGCCUCGUGGGCCCCGCCAAGGCGAAGGAGUUUCGAGUCACCGAGGAGGAUGUCGAGGACGCGAGGGGCGCGAUGAUCGCCAUGCGCAAACGCGCGGGCCUCCCGAUGCCCGAGCACCUCGCCAGAGAGAUGACCCUGGGCGACGGCACCGCGGGGCUCGGCGCGGACGACGAGGUCGCCAGGAGGUACGAACUGGUGGAGGAGGGCGAAGGCGUCGGGGAUGACUCGAUCGACGCCGUCAAGCGGGAAAUCGCGUACCUCAACGUCGAGGACAAGGACGAUACGUGGGACGUCGAGACGGUGGUGAGCACUUUCAACAACUGGGAGAACCACCCGGCGGAGAUCGACGUCGGGCCCGCGCUGAACAAACCGAAGAAGAAGAGGGGUAAGCCCAACGUCGGCGCGGCAGAGGGCGGCGGCGACGGAGCGGCCAACGUCAUUCGACUCUCCGAGGUGAACGGUUUACCGGUUGACUACGUCCAAUCGAGGCGGGGCAAGGGCCGCGGCGGGAACGGCCUGACGGCCGCGAAUCUCGCGGCGAUCGGCGAGGCCGCCGAGGGCGAGUGGGGAAGCGACGAGGGCGAUGAAGAGGAUGAGGAGUUUGAAGGGACGGACUUUGGCGGCGAGGAGUGGAGGAGCAACAUCCGUCGAAAGGGUGAGACGGCGGAGGAGAAGAAGGCGAGGAAGGCGGCGGUGAAGCUGGGCAGGAGGGAAGCUCGCGCGGCGAAGAAGGGGCUCAAGACGACAGGCCCACCGGCGACGUGA